AUGGAUGAUAUCGGCGAUACUUUGCGAUCUGAACUGGAGAAAACAUAUUGCCCUCCGUUAGACUCCGCUCUUUUUGCUGCUCUUGUAUCCGAUUUUAAUCUCACGGAUUCCAACGAUGUCACUGCUUUAAGAGGGAUUUUGGAUUCCCUAAAAGAAUCUGCUCAGCUCCAAGAGAACGACCCAUUCGAUCCUUCAGGCACGGCAAAUGAUCAGCUUGCCACCGACAUGGGAGGAAUUCUUUCCGAGGGUGGGACCUCAGGUCAUGGAGAUUCACUAUUCACAUUCACCGACGUCACUAGCAUGGAGUCAUAUUUUGCGUCGGAUGAAAGUUCCGACAGAAAUAUUGCAUCACCCAUAAACCCAAACAUUGCCUAUACUAUCGCCGCUGAUGGGUCUUUGAAAUUGACCGGCGCAUCGGCAGACGACAAAGUGAAUUUGCUAGCUGCAAUGUUCCCCACUGUCUCUCUUCUCGACAUAGAGCAGUGCUUGAAGAAGAGCGACGGUGAUGUCGACAAAGCAAUGGACGUAUUGUUAAACUUGUCCUUUUUCAACGAGACUUUGACCACCGGAGACGACAGCCACAUAUCAGUGCCAAAGGGCAUUGAUGGAUUCUAUGCAGGAAAUGCAGACAUCGGUCGUCAAAAGGGUCGCAACAAGAAGCGCAAUAAGAACCAGAAAAUCCCCCUGGCACGUUCAUCGUCAUCCCAAGACGCGUCUAUCACGAACCAGUGGGAGACAGGAAAGGCUGAUAUAGAUUUCAUUUGCUCGUGCGUCCCUGAUCUGCCCAGAGGGAAGAUCUCGGCCAUCUACAACAGCAAAGGGAUGGACCUUCGUGCGACGAUCAAGGCUUUGGCUCUUGAUGACCAACCUUAUAAUUCCGAUGUUGACAAGGACCCUGCCAUAAUGGAACAUGUUGCUGAGCUUGCCGCUGUCUAUCCAACCAUCUCGAAGACCACACUCAUCGGUUUGCUUCGGGUUACGAGCAACAUGGUAACGCCGGCAAAUGAACUGGCGGCCGUGUUGCUUCGGCAGCCUUCUCAGGCUGAGAUCAGCGAACUUAUCAAGUUCACACCUACACCACUUAAUCUUAAUGAUGACGAGGAGAAUGAUCUCUCUGGAGCUUCCUAUCAUCCCAAGGGGUCUUCUCAUAACAGCAUCGACUACGAGGAUAUGCAAGCCACUGCAAGUGCUAAUUUUGCUGCAAGUUCAGCGGCACACAUGCAAGCUGCACAAGCUGCGCGUCGUUCAAGAUCCAACCACUUAUACGGUGGAGUAUCGGCAUACUAUCGCCAAGUUGGACAGGAGCAUCGGGAGCGUGCAAUGAAUCAACUUGCGGCAGCAUCAGAUCGGCUCGUCGAUAGACAAUCGUCGAAGUGUGACCUGGACUUACAUGGUGUCACUGUUGAAAAUGCAAAACGCAUCGUUCGCGAGCGCGUCGCUUCCUGGUGGGAAUCUCUUGGAGAUGCCAGGUAUAUUCGAGGGGGCGGUAUUGAUGUUCAUGGUGGCUAUAAAAUUAUCACCGGCAUUGGCCGCCAUAGUCGGGAUGGCACUUCUAGACUGGGCCCGGCUGUUGGAAAAAUGCUAAUCAGCGAAGGAUGGCGUAUAAGUAUCACGCCGGGGUCUUUGAUAGUUCUCGGCUUGCAAGCACCCAUCAGGCAACUCACCAUCGCUAAGCCUGCAGUUCCUGCUCGGCAAUACUCUAUAUUCACACGCAAGACACCCGGUCCAACGAGUGCCAAAACACUACGCGCUGCGCCAACCUUGCCAUUCUUCGGUGCGCUAUUCGGCUCAAGCAGCAAUUCCAACGAUACAACCGAGAACAUGUCGUACUCUGACAAACGUACUGAUGAGCAAUGGAGAACGGUUCUGAAUCCCGAACAGUUUCGGAUUCUCCGUGAGAAGGGCACCGAGCCCGCUGGUACCGGUGAAUAUGACAAACACUAUCCCUCCAAAGGCGUUUAUAACUGCGCCGGCUGCGACGCGCCUCUGUACACAGCCGAUCACAAGUUCAAGUCUGGCUGUGGCUGGCCUGCAUACUUCGAUUCGAUUCCCGGUGCCGUUAAAAGACAUGUCGAUAACACCUUUGGCAUGAAGCGGACUGAGAUUGUUUGUAACAACUGCGGUGGUCACCUUGGACACGUUUUCGAGGGAGAGGGAUUCCCGACGCCGACCGAUGAGCGACACUGUGUUAACAGUAUCAGUUUGCGCUUUUCGGAGGACGCUGAUCCUAAGGCCAAGGCCAAGGCGUAA